AUGUUCCGUGACCAAAGCGAAGACCUCACACGACGACUUGGUGGCAUUGUGACAGAGGCCAGCUCGAGCGCAUCUGGAUGCUUCACCAGACAGCCCAGUCCGGACCAGUAUACAAUAGCUCGAAACUUCUUCUUCGAUCAAUUCGUCACGCCUGCACAUCUCUCCUUCCUGGACGGUGUCGAUCCCGACGACUUUUUGAUCCAGCCUAUCCUAGCAUGUGCUUUGGCUGUCAUCGCUAAUCGCCAUGAGGAUGCUCGGGGAAAGGAACUUGCCAGACAGCACUACAUUGCCGCAAUUGGCUCCACGAAUGUUGCUCUCGGCCAUCCCCGGAGGGUGAAGGAGGACAGCACCCUGAUCGCUGUCUUCCUCCUUGGCGUUUUCGAGCGGCUUCAUUGGGAAGGUUCGGAUUCGAAGAAGGAGUCCACGUUCUCACACACACACAUGGACUUUGCAUGA